GCAGUGAAGAAAAUAAGCUUUACACAAGUGAUUUAUGUUAUGUUGGCAUAGUAAAAAUGUUCUCUUUAUUUCUGUAUUCUGUAUUAAGAGACUGUUGACAAAAGGAUUUACUGCGAGCUACCAUUGAGUUUCAUGUGAAGACUUUUGGUGGUUUGAUUGAAGAAUAAGUAAAAUAAGCUUGUUUGUUUGUGACUGUUGUGAUUUUUCGCUGUGUGAUACCAAUGACAAUAGGUUUUUUAUCUAGGUUUUUUAAAACCCCAUUUAAGACAGUUAUUUACUGAAAAUGCGGGUUUCUGGUCAAACGAAUAUGGUCGAAUCGAUCGACGUCGAUCACAUCGAUGUUACUAAAAAUAGAACAUUGCAUGAUCUUCGUCGAUCGACAUGAUUCAUGGAUUGGAGACAUUAAUACGAAAAUAUUUUUUUUGUUUAUCCCAUUUAAAUGUCAUGAAAUUCUAGGUACAUGCUCAAUAUCAUUAUUUCAUAUCAAAUUUGUGUUAUUGCUUUGAAAUAUAUUUAAAUGAAUCGCCAUCGAUCGAGGCAUGGUCGAAUUUAAGUGAAAACCAAUUUUAAUAAAAACGAUCCGACCGCAUUCGUUUGAGUGGAAGCCUUCCUUGGGGAAGAAAUUUUUGGUGGGAAUUUAUUUUGGCAGGUGGCACAAGCAUGUUAAUUAAAAUCCACACAUAAAAGUAAAAAAACUAACAUUAAAUAACUAAUUUUGGCAUGGCUUUAAUUCACAAAUUCCGCAAAAUUGUCUUUCCGCUUUAACUUCUUCCCUUAAGGUAAUCUUUCUGAUUAUUAUCACUGUGUUUGGUCAAGUUCUUUUUUCGUUCUAGCUAUAGAUUUUCCUUUGAUUGUGUAAUAAUUACAAUGUAUUUCAAACAGACGUAAUAAAUGCAAUUGAAAAUGGACUUGUUUACCAUUGAAAGAUAUGGUUGUGAAAUUCAUCAGACAACUCCUGAUGACCAAAUGCGUAAAUUGAAAGAGAGAAUAGAGAGACGUAAAAGCGAGCGCAAGAGUAACGUUGAAGCACAUGUAGAAGAUGCAAAUAAAAAUGAAGGGACACCAAAAAAGAAAGCCAAGAAGGAGAUAAGGGGAAUAAAAGUAGAAGCUGAUAUAAAUGAAGUUAAUAAUAUAAAUAGAAAAAGCAUAAAAUCUAAAUCUAAAGAUAAGAAAGGGGAGAAAGAACUAAUAUCAUUGCCAGAAAACAGAAUGAAAUCAGAAUCAUCUAAUAUUGCAUCUCCACGAGAGAAAAUACGAAAACUUAAGAAAUCAAAACCAAAUGCUGAUUGUGAUAGUGAAAUAAACACAGUUCAGGAUAAUGAUCAAGAACCGCCCAAAAAGUAUGAUGCAGAUGAUGAUAUAGUAAGGAUGUCCAUAGAAAGUGUGGAUGAGGGAAAUGAAAGUACGGUAGUUGAUGAAACAAUGAUAAAGAAUAUAAACGAGACAAAUGUGGAUGAAGGUGUUAACGAAAGUAAAGUUAAGGACGAAAAGCCUAACAAAAGAUUAUUUCUUGUAUUAGGGAAACAAACUCACAAAAAGAAGACAAAAGUAAGGAGGAGUUUGCCACGAUGGUUGUCCGAACCAAUUGUUCUACCUGCAGGAAUCGAUGCUGGCAAAGUUCUAAUAGCUGAAACAAAUUUUGUCAGUGAAAACAUGUUAAAGAACUUAAACUCUGCGGAAAUCACUCAUUUUUUUCCAGUCCAAGCAUACGUGAUCCCAAAAGUGCUGCGCAUUAAGCAACAUAGUUGGCUACCUCCACAAGACAUUUGUGUGCAAGCCCCAACCGGCAGUGGAAAGACCUUGGCAUACACAUUGCCUAUCAUUGAAACAUUGUCGAAAAAGAUUGUAAGAAGUUUGUACUGUUUGGUUAUAUUGCCGUCCAAAGACUUGGCUUUUCAAGUGAAACAAGUUUUCGAGUUUUACACCAAAGGUACUCAUGUUAAAGUUGGUUUGGCGUCUGGAGUAAAGACGUUUUCAAAAGAGCAAGAAAUGUUGACGGUAAAAGGACCUAACGGAUACAUUAGCAAAGUGGAUGUACUAGUUUGCACUCCUGGUAGACUAGUAGACCACAUAAAGCAAACUGAAGGCUUUUCACUUCGACAUUUACAAUUUCUCGUUAUCGAUGAAGCUGAUCGAUUGCUUGGGCAAGACUACAGUGGAUGGCUUGGACUUGUCAUGCAGUGUCACCAAAAGUUGUUUCCGUUAAACGUGCGUACACUUCAACAGAAUAGUCCUCCCUUGCAGAAGCUCUUGUUUUCAGCAACUCUCACGCAGAAUCCGGAGAAGCUUGCGCCGCUCGAACUGUUUAAGCCCGUCUUGUAUACCUCUCAGAUGAAGAGUGGAAGUAGGGACAAUGAUGUCGAACAUGUGACAGACGAUGAGCGGUUUAUCAUUCCUCCCGAACUCGUUGAGAAAAUGGUUGUGGUUGAAGAAGGGGAGAAGCCUCUGGUGUUAAACUACCUGAUGAUGACUUUGCAUCGUAAACGUGUUUUAUGCUUCACGAAAUCUAUUGAGGGAACACACAGAUUAUGUGUGCUGUUAAAGUCAUUUGGUGGUUUCACUGUAUCAGAGUUCUCCUCCAGUCUAUCAGAAACGCAGCGGAAAGGUAUCAUACGAGAUUUCAAAAGCGGUAAGAUCGACUUAUUAGUUUCGUCCGAUGCUAUGGCUCGUGGUAUUGAUAUCGAACACGUCAGUCUCGUUGUUAACUACGACCCUGCUGCAAGUGCGAAGACGUAUGUACAUAGAGUGGGAAGAACUGCGAGAGCUGGAAUGAAAGGGGAAGCGAUCACAAUUCUUUCGCGUAAAGAGGUCUUCCAUUUCAAGCAGAUGAUGAAGAAGUUAUCUGGUAGUUCGUACAGUGUGAUGAAAGUCAAGAAAACCGACAUUGCAUCUUUUGAAGAGAAGUAUGCGGAGGCGUUGAGUUCACUCCAAUCUAUCGUUGCCGAGGAGAAGAGGGCGAAACAUGCGGGAAUAUUAACAAAGAAGACAUAGUUGUGGUAAAAGACCUACUGUUUGAAGUAGACAUUUUUUAUUUCCCAAUCGUGAUAGAAGGAGGGAAUGUACUGGAGACGUCAUAAUUAAGAAGGUGAGAAGGAAACGAAAAUCUGUGUGUAGAGUCUGUCGAGUGAAACGUGCUUAUGUGAGUACAAUAUAAGGAAGACUUGCGUGACGGUAAAUCAGACUUCCUACUUCCCGUGACGUAUAAUCGGAUUGAUUAAUCAUUUGUGAAAAGGAAAAGUUGCGUAAUUUAAUUAAAUUGACAAACAGAAUUAGUAAAUCAGAUAAAUUAUGACCUAUACCAAAUGUAAAGAACGGAUAUGUAAUUUUCCGACUAGAUGAAUUUAAUUUUUAAUUGGAAAAUUGAAUAUAAUUGUAUGGGAAAUUUUGUAAUGUUAACAAUUUGUAAGUAAACGAACCAAGCGUAAAAACUGCUUCAUACU